AUGCCCAGAGGAAAGACGACCAACCCCUCAGGCAGAUGCAAUAGGUGUGCUGGGAUUCUUUAUGUCGAUCUGGUGGAACACUUCAAGAAGAGACACAAGGGAGAUCGAUUCACCAAGGAUGAUAUUUCAGACACGGAGGUGGUGGUAUGUGCAUGUGGGAGAUUGGUGUUGAAUGCGAGUGGGCUCAACAAACAUCAGCUACGGUUCAACUGUCCCAGUUACUCUCCAGCUCAAAGGGCCGCUCGAUAUCUCAGCAACUCAUUGACACCUGCCCCUUCGACAGCAUCUCUUACUCCAGCUCAAAGGGCAGCUCCAUAUCUCAGCAACUCAUUGACACCUGCCCCUUCGAUAGCAUCUCUCCUUGAAGCAUCCCCUUGGAGAUCCACUCUAAAGACCCCAUCUCUGUCACCCAACGGUCUGUCCAUCAACCACUUGCAGAUCAACAGCUCACCACUCACUCCCACCCGUAGGUCCUCCUCCAGAGUUACCAAUCCCGUCCUCUAUGUAUACGAUGAGGGCGUAUUCAGUCAUGGUCAGGAGACGGAAGUGUAUGAAGAGGACGGGGCUGGUAAAGAAGUAGAAGAAGAUGACGACGACGAGGAGGAGGAGGAGGAGGAGGAGGAAGAGAUCGAGGAUGAGGCUUAUUGGGAGAAAGCGGGCCAAGGAGAUCGAGGAUGCAGCCCAGGAUGGGGAUGA